GCCGGAGACCGUCUCUUACGGAGGAGGAAGCAGGUGCCCAGAGAGGAUGAGGGGCCGGGCCUGGGCCACACAGCGAGGCAACCGCCAAGCCGGGAGCCGUGGAGAAGGGGGCCUCUGGAGACCCAUGCUCUGACUUCUCCACCCAGGUGAACUCCUCGUCCCUCAACUCCCCCACGGGGCGUGGCUCCAUGGCUGCCCCCUCCCUGCACCCCUCUCUGGGGCCCGGCAUCGGCUCCUCGCUCGGCUCCCCGGGACAGCUGCAUUCGCCCAUCAGCACCCUGAGCUCCCCCAUCAACGGCAUGGGCCCACCCUUCUCGGUCAUCAGCUCCCCCAUGGGCCCCCACUCCAUGUCAGUGCCCACCACGCCUACCCUGGGCUUCGGCACCGGCAGCCCUCAGCUCAGCUCACCCAUGAACCCCGUCAGCAGCAGCGAGGACAUCAAGCCCCCGCUGGGCCUCAAUGGUGUCCUCAAAGUCCCGGCCCACCCCUCAGGGAACAUGGCGUCCUUCACCAAGCACAUCUGUGCCAUCUGUGGGGACCGCUCCUCAGGCAAGCACUAUGGGGUGUACAGCUGCGAGGGCUGCAAGGGCUUCUUCAAGCGGACGGUGCGCAAGGACCUGACCUACACGUGCCGGGACAACAAGGACUGCCUGAUUGACAAGCGCCAGCGCAACCGCUGCCAGUACUGCCGCUACCAGAAGUGCCUGGCCAUGGGCAUGAAGCGGGAAGCUGUGCAGGAGGAACGGCAGCGGGGCAAGGACAGGAACGAGAACGAGGUGGAGUCCACGAGCAGUGCCAACGAGGACAUGCCGGUGGAGAAGAUUCUGGAGGCAGAGCUGGCUGUCGAGCCCAAGACCGAGACGUACGUGGACGCAAACAUGGGGCUGAACCCAAACUCGCCCAACGACCCCGUCACCAACAUCUGCCAGGCAGCGGACAAGCAGCUCUUCACGCUGGUCGAGUGGGCCAAGCGGAUUCCGCACUUCUCGGAGCUGCCCCUGGACGACCAGGUCAUCCUACUGAGGGCAGGCUGGAAUGAGCUGCUCAUCGCCUCCUUCUCCCACCGGUCCAUCGCCGUGAAGGACGGGAUCCUCCUGGCCACCGGGCUGCACGUCCACCGGAACAGCGCCCACAGCGCGGGGGUGGGCGCCAUCUUUGACAGGGUGUUGACGGAGCUCGUGUCCAAGAUGCGGGACAUGCAGAUGGACAAGACGGAGCUGGGCUGCCUGCGUGCCAUCGUACUCUUCAACCCCGACUCCAAGGGGCUCUCGAACCCGGCCGAGGUCGAGGCGCUGAGGGAGAAGGUCUACGCGUCCCUGGAGGCGUACUGCAAACACAAGUACCCCGAGCAGCCGGGAAGGUUCGCCAAGCUGCUUCUCCGCCUGCCGGCCCUGCGCUCCAUCGGCCUCAAGUGCCUGGAACACCUCUUUUUCUUCAAACUCAUCGGGGACACGCCCAUCGACACCUUCCUCAUGGAGAUGCUGGAAGCCCCCCACCAAAUGACUUAGGCCCGCCGGCCUGGCCGCCCCGCCUGGCCACCAGCUGCUCUUCUCAGCGAGCCCCGUCCCCCGCCCCUUCUCUGCUGGCCUGUGCAGACGUGGGGGCGCAGCCUGCUAAGCCUAAGAGCGUUGCCACCUCGCUGUUUUCAGUGCUCCUCGUCCGCGAAGCCGGGCCAUGGCUUUCCUGGGGCGGGAACUGCUGUGAGCCCCGGCCAGGCCCGUGGGCUCCCCUGGGCAGCGGGGGUGGCUCACCCGGUCACAGGCCCCGCCCCCGGGCCACGCUGGUGUUUGGGACAUCCUAUGCUCCCCUCCUGUGUUUGGAGUGACCCCCAUCGCCUCUUGUCAGGCGCCCCCGGCCAACGCACCCCGCCCAGCCUCAGGGGCAGGGCGCAAAAGACCCCAACCACCCCCGGGAAGACGACGGGGGUUCUGGGGCAGCAGGCUUCCUUUCCCUCACAGUGAAGGGCGAGCAGCCCCUUUUCCAAAGAUGACUUGCAAUGUCGCCCCCGAGCGAAGCAGGACAGGAGCUGACCUCCGUGCAGGGUUCCGGGGCCCCCUCAAGGCUGCAGGGACUGGGGUCACCCACCUCCCACCUUGCUUUUCUCUUCGCGUCACCCUGGCUUCAGCUUCUCCCCCUGCACUGCCCCAUGCGAGCCGGGGUAAGCAGACCCCGGGUACGGCCCGCCCUAAUUGUGUCUGCUCUUGCGGUCUGUGUGGAGGGGCAGGCUGGCCCCCGUCUCUGCAGGGCUAGCCCGCUUCCUGGCCUUCCCGAAGUCCCAGGCCGUGCUUACCUGUCGUGGGCAGAGGUUGGGCCUGGGAGGCCCGCGUGGAUGGAGGGAGGAGGGUGCUUUCCCGAAAGGGCCUUCAGGCAGCUGUGGGCCCCCGGGGGGCGUGCGGAGCCAGAGCAACUCGCGGGCCCCUCAGCCCGGGGGAAAGGGGCAGGCGGGUUGCUUCCUGGAGCUGUUGGCCGAGAGGCCCCUUUCGCUGGCGGCCUGUUCUGCGUAGGAGACUCGGAAUCGGGGACUGUGGUGCGCCAGCGUCCUCGGGCCUGUCGCUGGAUGUGCCCCGGGGCAUCCAGCCCGGCUGUUGUCUGAGUGGCAGCCUUACGCGGGGCUCCGUCAAACACCUGCUCUGGCUCCCCAGUCCGGGCCAGCGCCUGCUUUUGUAGCUUUUCCACCGAGGGGGCAGGGGUGCGGCCUCCUGGGGCGGAGUGGGGUGGGGCGCUCCAGGCGUGCAGGGGCUCUCUCAGGUUGAACCGGCUUCUUUUGCACUGUAAUGCCCUCCCUUUGGUCUGAGUACUUUCCAGUCUUACGCCUCAUACUCCAUGAACCCGGCGUUUGUUGCUGGUGGGGGCCUGAGCAGGGAUGGCAGAGUGGGGGUGAUGCGGGCGGCUCCCGUCUUCUUGGCCCCCGAGGGGUUGCCCUGUAGCCCUGGCUUCCCUCCUGCGGCCCCCACGAGCAGCCCCGGGUGGGGGGGUGCCUUCCCCAGAGAUGGUUCCCCAGCUGGGGCAAGGCAGGGAGGGGCCUCCAGGCCUCCGUGGGCAGGCAGGUGUCCCUGCUUUGCCUUCCAGAGCCCCAGGCAAGCGGAAGGUGAGGCAGCAGGCAGCGCCGAGAGACUGCGCAAAGCCGCCUUCCUCUGUCACCUGGCCGCUGUAACGUGCGGGGGUGUCCCUGCCACGCAGGCGGGAAAGGCCGGGCAUGGAGAGCCUGCCCAGCGCCCAGACUCUCCGGAAAGUCUCGGCAGCCUUUUGGGGGCUUGGUUGUGACAGGCAGUGAUGCAGGCACUCUUGGGAACUCCCUCUCGGGGCCCCCCCAGUUGUGGGCACAGUAGACUGCCCCACACCCAGACACCCCUGGUGCCUUCUGCAGCCGGACGCACCCCGUCAUCCAGCCCAGCCCUCUCCACUUCCCUGGGGUCCUUGGGAGCGUGGGGGCCUCCAGUGGAGAAAGCCCAGGACCGGGUCUGUUGGAGAGUCGGCUUCUUGAGAACUUCCCCAGUGUGGGCCCCGGGGCCCCGGAUGUGUGUCCGUAAAGCACUGAGGCCCCCAGGCUACGGGCCGGAAAGCCGGAAGACCCCAGCCUCUCCGGCCCACGGGCACAGCACCGUGGGCACGUGGGGCUGUCCUGGUCUCUUUGUCCGUCUGCUGUCCUUGUCACGCUCACACGUUCAGUGCUGUUGGAGGAGGUUAAGUGGGGAGAUGCACGGGGCUCAGUAGAGAGGUAGGAGUUUUAUUUAACCAGACCGUUAGUAGUGUUAUCAAUCUGGUUCAAUUAAGGUGAUUUUUGUAAUUAUUUUUAUUAUUAUUAUUAUUUUGGUGGGACAAUCUUUAAUUUUCUAAAGAUAGCACUAACAUCAGCUCGUUAGCCACCUCUUGCCCGUCCCCGCCUCGGCCCGGCCCGGGUGCUGCCUGGGCCCGGGCGAGCUGUGCCUCCGUGUGUGCUCCGUGGACUCACUUCCCGCCGUGACAGCGGGGACGGGGCUCCCACAGCAGGGGAGCGAAGAUGACCAGGCCUGCGGCUGCAGGGGCGCGGCAAAGCCCCGUAUCUCCUCGGAAGCCGGCCUGUCCUGGGCACCUGGAGGCACACGGUCCCCGGGCGGAGAUGGCCCCGCGCCCCCGUCUUUCCAAGUCUCGGUGUUCCUGAAGGAUUCGGGCUGGCGGCAAGUGCGGCGACCACGCCAGAGCCCCUCGUCUGCGGGGGCCACAGCAGGGCCCGGCCGGAAGCACGGCCGGUGGGUAAUCAGCUGAUGUUGUCCCCAUCACGGAAUUCGGGCACAUGGCCCGCUCCCUGUGCACGCAGGUGUGCGGCAUGACACGUCUGUGCUGUACAGAGACUCUGCGUGAGGCUGCACGCCGUCCACACAGCACACGCGGGGCCGUUACCAACGUUCUGUCUUUAUUUUUAAUCAAGACUUUCCCCCGUUUUCCUAUAAAUUUGCUUCGUGUAAGCAAGUACGUAAGGACCCCUCCUUUGGUGAAAUCCGGGUUCGAAUGAAUAUCUCAAGGCAAGGAGUGCAUCUAUUUUAAGAUGCUUUGAAGCGAGCAGCUUUAUCGGUCCCCAGUCCUUAGCAAUGCCUUAGCCGGGACGCGCAGCGAACACUUUAGAGGGCGACGAGUACACAGAGUAGAGAGAAAAUGUCUAAAGCAUCGGGAAAGGUAAAAAAAAAAAAAAUCUAUUUUUGUACAAAUGUAAUUUUAUCCCUCGUGUAUACUUGGAUGAUGGGGGUGGGACUUGUUUUGUUUCGGCUUCUAGAGAUGCAGAGCGCGGUCUCCGGGAAGCGCUCGGACGCCGACGCCGCGCACGGGCUUUUUACGCACCGCUGCGUAGACGUUUCCCCUCGGGCAGGGGUGGCCCCAGACGGUCAAGGGUUUUCUUCCCCUUCUGAGUGAUUCUUAAAGCCUUGCUCUGUUCUGCCGCGUUGCCAGCCGGCCUUCCCGAGACUGACUGUGAACUUACUUCCCCGCGUGAUUGUUCUCCGAUCGCCGCCGCAGGUGCAGGCAUGGACCUGCAACGGUCUCAGAACGUGGAAAGAAAAACAGAAAAACCUGAGAGGAGAAACAAAAUAUGAGCGUUUAAAAAUAGA